GACAUGCUUCAGAUCUCGUCGGCUAAGGAAUUUUGGCUGGCAGAAGAACCUUUUCUGCUGUGGCACCCACCCUGUGCAACAUUAUGCCCCUUGAGAGGAGUGCCCACCCUCUUGACCUGCUGAGAGGGCCUGAAAACCUGUUACUGUUUUUAACUUUUAACGUUCAGUAUUUUAAUGCUUUUAAUAUUCCAAUUGCUUUCUAUAAAGCUUGCUUUCCUAGUGGGCUGAGGGUGGCUAGAAGAUGAUACGGUAUUUCUGUGCUUGAGAAAUAAGUGGCCCAUAUUCAUUGUGGAGCAACCUGGUUGGGUGACUCAGCCGUAGCUCCAAAUAUAGUAGUUAACUAUAUCCCAACACAAAGCUGGAAGAGGCUAUGCCAGUGACUCUGCUCCCCUUUUUCCAGGGUCGUGUGCUUCACCCUGAACAGCACCGAGUAGUGAGUGUGCGAGAAUGUGCGCGGUCCCAGGGAUUCCCUGAUACUUACAGGCUCUUUGGGAAUGUACUGGACAAGCACAGGCAGGUGGGAAACACAGUCCCUCCGCCUCUGGCAAAAGCCAUUGGGCUAGAAAUCAAACUGUGUGUGUUGGCAAAAAUGAAAGAGGAUGCCACAGAUGGCAUCAAACAGGAAAAGAUGGACACGUCAAAGUAAUUUGUAAAUUGCCCAUCUGCUGCACCACAGCUCCAGCACCUGAACACCCAAACAUGCACUGAUAAUUUUUAAUGUUCUUCUGUUAUUUUCCUGAUUUAUUUUCUUACCUCUGGACAUGCUGAAAAUUGUUGGAGGUUUUGGUUUGUUCAGGGUUUUAGUUUUUUUGUGCGUGUAUGUGUUUGUCUCUCUCCUUUUAAGCCUGUAUUUGUGAACAGUGUUGUCUACUUGGUUGACAUUCUGAAACUGUUUCAAUGUUCCCGCUGCCAUUCUCAAAUGAUCAACUGUGCAGUGCCUAUCCAUGUGUGUGUAAGUGUGUGCGUGCGUGCGUGUGUGUGUAUGAGUUGGGGGAGUGGAGAAUGUUUUUAUUAUGCAUUGUAUUGAAAACUAAUCAGCCACUUUAUACAAGUGGAAAUAAUACUUUAUGUAGUUUUUAUAUGUUGUAAUAUUUCUUCAAAUAAAUCUCCUAUAAAUUA